UGCCAACGGGUACCGGCUAGUACAGGCGGGUAUGGUGGUGGAUUAUGGCUGGGCCGUGAUCUGCCUCCGCAACUCUCUGUGCAGACCACAGCGGGGCAGAUCACAGAUAGAGAGAGAGAGAGAGAGAGAGAUCAGUAUCGGCAGCACUCGGCGCGCACAGAGAGGUGCAGCAGAGCCCGAGAGACAGACACGGUGAUGCGGCGACACAUGGCAGCCUGUAGCCCGCAUGCUCUGACUGACUGCGGCGUCCGCUUUUUUUUGUUUUUUUCUCCAUUCCCCCGGAGAACAGGAGAAGCUGCCGGAACACUGAGAUGCUGAGAGACGCUGCCGGGAGGCUGGAGGCUGCCGCAACCCCCCCCCCGACCAGGAUCCAUAUAAACAAGCUGUGAAGAGAGACCACGGGGGACUACACAGACUGCUGAUCGGAUAGCCUGCUUGAUCACAUUGCUUCUUGUGUGCCUGAGGAUUUUCUUUUUUUUUUAUCCCUGCUGAGCCACCGUAGCGAUGGGAGAUAACGUGUCCAAGCGGCUGAAGCUGAUCUCGGCUACAGAGGCAGAGAUGGAGGAGCGAUCCUUUCCAAACCCGUACCCAGACUGGGACCCAGGAGCCCUCACCUCCGGCUCCGGAGCAGAAGAAGAUUACAAUGAACCAUUUGAUGCAGAAGGAAAGGUGAGCGCAUCAUUCCAGAAGAAGGUCCAGAAUAAGAUCAAAGAUCUCCUCCAGCAGAUGGAGGAGGGCCUGAGGACCGCCGACCCCCAUGACUUCUCAACCUACACCGGAUGGACAGGCAUUGCCUUGCUGUACCUCCAGCUGCACCGGGUGUCCCAAGAGGCCACCGACCUGCAGAGGGCACUGGACUACGUGAAGCGGACCAUGAGGAUCCUGAACGGCCGUAAAGUGACAUUCCUGUGCGGCGACGCAGGGCCCCUGGCAGUAGGCGCGGUGGUUCACCACAAACUGAACAACACUGCUGACAGCCAAGACUGCCUGUCCAGGCUCCUCCAGCUGCAGCGGUCCGUGCUGAGUCCAGACUCCGAGAUGCCGGAUGAGCUGUUGUACGGCCGAGCCGGCUACCUUUACGCUCUGCUCUACGUCAACAAAGAGAUGGGAGCUGACACGGUGGAUGAGAGCACCGUUACCACGGUGGCAAUGGCCAUCGUGGAAUCGGGGAAGAACAUGUCGGCAGAGCAGAAGAAGACGGAGCGCUGCCCCCUGCUCUAUGAAUGGCACAAGAAGCAGUACAUCGGCGCUGCCCACGGCCUGGCUGGCAUCUUCUACAUGCUCAUGCAGCCGGGAGCAAAGGUCCACCCGGACGUUCUGUCGGAGCUGAUCCGUCCCAGCAUCGACUACGUCCGCCACAAGAGGUUUCGCUCGGGGAACUUCCCGUCGUCGCUGAGCAACGAGAGCGACCGGCUGGUUCACUGGUGCCACGGAGCGCCCGGUGUCGUCCACAUGCUCAUCAUGGCUUAUAAGGUGUUCGAAGAGGAGAAGUACCUGAAGGAGGCUGCAGAUUGCGCUGAGGUGAUCUGGCAGCGGGGCCUGCUCAGAAAAGGCUACGGCAUCUGCCACGGCACCGCCGGCAAUGCCUAUGCCUUCCUGUCCCUGUACAAGCUCACCCAUGAGAAGAAAUACCUGUACCGCGUCUGCAAGUUUGCCGAGUGGUGUUUGGCCUACGGGACCCACGGCUGUCGCAUCCCAGACAGACCCUACUCUCUAUUUGAAGGUAUGGCAGGGGCCAUCUACUACCUGUCAGAGGUGGCAAACCCCGAAGCCUCCUGCUUCCCUGCCUUUGAACUUUGACCCGCCAGCUGACGGGGGACGAGGAAAGGGUACGGGGACAAGCUGUUUCAGACAAAACUCGCGUCUUUGCUGGAAAGCUAGACAAGGAUGUCUUUGUGAUGCAGCUUUCAGCCUUGGUCAUGUGUAAGCAGUGACCAAAUUACACUGAAAACUGAGAAGAGUGAGUGCAAUUGAUUGGUUUGGUAUAUAUAUGGUUUGGUUUGUGAAAUUGAAUCCAAAACAUAAAUGGGAGAUACAUUUUGGACAGGACUAUAGGUUGAAUGAUCCAGUGAACAUAAAAGCAGCUGCUGGACUGAAGAGGACUGUUAAUGGAUGAUUCUCUUCCUGAAGAUUGGACAUCCUGUGGGGCCUAUCGUAGGACUGCUGUCAAAACGUCCCCUGUCACGCUCCAGAGUGUUGGAACGAAAACCCCAUGUCUCUUCCUCACCCUUUUACAAGUUAUUGCCAGCUGGCAUGGACACAGAAGAACACACUCUAAAACCUCAGCCUUUAAUAUCACAGCACCCAGGCCAAGAAAAGAGGGUGUGGAGUGAACUAAAGCGGUUGUGGUAUUUUUAUGCCUCUGCAUGCUCACUGUAAUUGGCUCGUGGUGCCUCAUAUCCUGUAGUGAUUUCCUAUUUGUGUGUGUGUGUGUGUGUGUGAUGUGUCAUUUCUCCAGGUAUUUGUCACAUAGUGGGGGGAAAGUUUCUCUGUCCUCUUUCAUUUCAUGAAGAAGUCAACUAGCUUAGUGCUAGGUUUAAUAGAAGCUAAACAAUAUAUCAGCUGUUAAGUCAAACUUGAGGAGUAACUAAUCCAAGUGCCCAAGACGAGCGACUUUGAAGCAAAUUGUACAUAGUGGCUAAAUGGUGGGAUUGUAACUUCAGGGGCCCUCUCGGGAUGCCAUUCCCCCAUAGACUUAGAUUGGGAAAGAGACGUCGGUAACUUAACAGAUAAUUAUUUUUCAGUAAAUCAACUUCCCAAUACCAACACUCAAAUAGCUCUUAUUUUAUGCAUUAGGUUUUAAAAGAUGGAAAAGACUUAAGACACACCCAGUUGCAUCUAAUUUAGGCAAUUUUCCAUUACCAGUGCAGCAAUUUGCUACAGUUCUACAGAAUAUAAAAGAGCACCACAUGAACUGUUGGCCUUGGUCUACGUAACUUCAGUAUGUAGCCGGACUUUAUUACUUUUAACUUGCCAUUUGUGACAACUGUAACCCUUUCAAUUAGCUUAGCUGCUAAUCGCUAGCAUGCUAACUAUUGUUAUUAGUGUUAGGUAAGUGCUUUAAAGGUUCUGUUAUAGUGACAAAGUAUAAACUCAUACAAACAUUUGUGAAUUUGAGUUUACAUGCAAGGCCGGGAUGUGUGUAUGCUAGGGAUUAACAGUAGUGCUAGUUAUGUGUAUGCUAGGGAUUAGCAUGAGCAAUUCAUUAGCUAAAUGAAAGGGUAACAGCUACUCUUCACUAACACUCAUCUCUCUACAGUCUAGAGUUGGGAGACGUUGAAUACGUAGAAUACUUUGCACUGAAAUUUCUAAAUUUGGCGCUGAAUCCAUCAACACCACCACCAAAUACCAAUCACUAAGUCCCGCCCCUUGACUGCAGACUGGCCAAUCAUAGGGUAGCAUAAGACGGCUCCGACCAUGGUCAGACAACUAAUCGUCUCUCAUGCAACAGUUUCAGAUGUUCUUCAUGUUCAGGCUGGUUUAAAGGAUUUGGAGCUGGUCAUGGUUAAACGUUGCGUAACAGUGAUACUCGUUACCUGGAGAGGUUGGAAGGAGAUGUGUUUCUAAAAUGUCACAUUUCUAUGUAGAAACCUGUGGAGCUAACAUUAGCAUAGCGUUAGCACUACACAAGCUACAGAAGGUAUACUGAAUGUCUACACAUGCUGCUUUUGCUUUUUAAUUAUUGUAACGGUGAAUAAAGAGCUCCCUGGCUACAGGAA